AUGCUGGUGUUUCUUACCGGGAUCACAAAAAAUGUGGAGAGGUUACAAGCACUUAAUCUCUCUAGCUUCUCAAGGCUUAGGAAAUCGAUGCUCUUGAGCCUUCAGUCUAAAAAAAUUGCGUUCUUAACUAAUGAGUCUCUUCAUGACGAUGAAGGUGACCAAUUGAUUAAAGAACUCAAUGUUCAACAGGGAGCUAGAUAUUUCGAUGAAGAAGUGAAGCUUCCUGAGAGCACUAUGGUGAAGCAUGCUCACUACUUUUUUCAAAUCUUUAGGGUCUUCAUUGGAAAUCUCAUCUUCAUAUAUGAGGAUCGCGAAAUGAGCCAUAAAUAUUUCCGCAAUGUUUCUGCAAUAGAUGCAUUGAGGGUGAUUUCGGUUGAACUCAACUUCAUUUAUGAAGUGCUCUACACAAAAGCGUUGAAGCAUGGGCUCUCCAAACUCGAUGUGGAAAUUACUUAUUCCCUCUCUUUUGGAGGGAUUGCUCUUGAAGUGAUAGCUCUAUUCAUGCUUGUUUUCUCCGAUUGGACUGUUGCUGGAAUCAAGCGGUACAACACAGGAUCAUCUAAACUAGAUUCAUUUCUCCAUAAGUUGGUAUCCGCCACAGAUGACCUAAGGAAGCCUCGCUUCGUCAUGGGUGGAGUAGAGCGUAACAUCAAUGCUGCUUACAUGGUCUUAGACACACCAUUUAUAUUUCGAAGGUGGUCGGAAUCCAUCUCUGCUUGCAACCUUUGCUUUGAGACCUCGAAGGAGAGUUCGAGAAAGAUGUAUAAGUAUCAUCGUUGCUCUAGCAAUUUUCGACUCUAUGAGGCUGAAAAGAUCAUCUCUUGUCUCCAUCAAGCUAGUAAGCAAAUUGUCGGAGGCUGUGGUCUGAGGAAAAAACUAAUGAUUGCAAAUACGAAGUACGUGUCCAACAAUCCAUUUAUUAAGAAGUUAUGGAUCUAUAUUUUCAAGGAGGUGAAACGCAAAUCCGACAAUGCAAAUAAUUUGAGAGAGGUGAGGAAGAUAUUUGAGGCUCGAGGUGAUUUGUUUCUCUAUAGUUGCCCGGUGGGGAUAGAGUGCCACCAUCUUUUGCCAUAUGUCGCCCAGGCUAAUUAUGACACUUGUAUAAUAAUGUGGCAUCUUGCUACUGAAAUGUUGUACAACAAAGAUUCCAUAGCUGAAAACGAUGAAAGGGAAUUCAGUAAGUUCAUCUCCGACUAUAUGAUGUAUCUUUUCCUUAAUCAGCCUAAGGUGGUGUCCAAUGUGGGGGGCAUUGCCCAAAUGACAUCAGCGGAAUUAUUGAACCAGCUACGGCCCCAUGCCAAUGGCGCGACCAGGGAUGUGGAGGGGCUAUGUAGGAGAUUGUCAAGAAACUUCGAAGCGGGAAAUUUGGCCCAAGAGAUGGAAAGGCUUGGGGAUAUGAAGUGGAAGGUGAUAAGCGGAGUGUGGGUUGAGAUGUUAUCAUAUGCAGCAAGUCAUGUAAAGGGAGAGGCACAUGCGCAGGUGCUAAGCAAAGGUGGGGAGCUUCUAACCUUUGUUUGGCUAUUGAUGGCUCAUUUUGGCUGUCUAUAUAUACCUGAAUGGGGCAUGCAUUAUGAACGCCUGGGGGAAUGGACCAAUUGGUCUCGCUUCUGA